CGAAUGGCUCCAAGUGGAACGGCUGCCUACACCUAAAUCAACUUAUUAAAUAACAUGGAGAAACGUAAACUCUAACAACACCAAAAUAUUCCUCCUUCUCUUACCAUUUCCUGGCUGUGGGACGAUCUUUUGAGCUACGCCCAAGCCCCCUUUCUAUAUACGUAAAAAAAUAAGCAGAGCUUCACAGAUCGCUCAAAGAAAUGGUACAAGCAAACCAUCUUCCACAACAAAGAAUCUGACGAAGUAAAACCGAAGCCCACUUCGAGGAUCUCUAUAUAAUACUCUCGUCAAUAUCAUCGUUCUUUUUUCAUUCUUAACUCUUCUCUAAUCAGACAUUCCCUCGACGCUCGAACCUCGCCAAGACUGCUUAUAUAGCUCCAAAUGGAUACGUGCUUUGAUACUUGAUUCAAAGCCCCCAUUCCUCAAACAAGCCAGCUUUCAGACGCUGAUCUCCUCGGCCCGUAUACCGUGUCUCACUCGCUUCUUUGACAAGGGAGUUCAAACGCUCCAUCAAAGAUUCUUCCCGAGGCGCCCCGUCAUCUGGCAUCGUUCCACUGGGCUCAAUCUGAACCCCAAGUCUUGACAACCGCACGAGUCUCGCUGGACCCUGUCUACCGGUACCUAGGUACCUUACCCAAUGGCUUCUCAAGCUCGAGUCCUCAAGUUCCCCCGGAGUGACGACAAAUCUUCCUUUGUCCUUUUGCAAGCCACACCCGAGGGUUCAAAGCAACUUGAUUUGAAGCUGGUGGGUACUGAAGGAGAGGAACCUUAUGUCGCAUCUUUGAAACAUGAUAGGGUCGUGUCUCUCCGUGUGAAGAAUUGUCCUGCUUCAGAGAGCGAAUGGCAGCGGAUUCUUGAAGACUUGUUUCAGCAGGAACCCCUUCCAGAUAUUCAAGCCACAGCCACGGUCCAGAGCGAAAAGUCUAUUUCAAUCACCAUUCGAAAGGACAUACAGGGUAUCACUCAACGUCUGGGCUCAAUCACCCUCAAUCAUGAUCCAGAUGAGGCCAUUGAGUUAUUCGAUUGGUGUGGUGCAGCGGUCGAGUCCUCUGCCUCAAGUAAACAAACUGCGGCAAACCUGUCGGCAAAAUCCUCCGAGUCGGAGGCUCUUGUGGCCCAGCUUCAGUUACAGCUGGAAGAGUUAAUCAAGGCGAAAGAUGAGGAUGAAACAGCGUUGCUAAGGAAGUUUAGGGACCUCCUAAACGAGAAGAAGCUCAAAAUUCGUGAGCAGCAGCAAGUAUUAGCAACACUAUCAACAAAUCCCAGCAUGGCGGGCCAAUCUCAGCAUUCCCAGACUGUUGAAGCCUCGGUUCAGCAACCGAAACCAAGGAAGCCUACUCGUCAAGCUGGCAAGUCAAGGGCGUCGAAAAGAAAGGCUCCCGCAUCAAGAAGACUUGAAGAGUCAGAAGACGAUGACGCUGUUGACACGAUGAGCGUCGACCUUAAGCAGGAGGCCGUGGAUACGGAUCCCGGAAACACCACAGAAGCGACAGCAUCCGUUGAUAGCGACGACGAAGAUGGCGAUGGACUUGACUCAGGUCCCCCUCAGCAGAACAAGGCACCAGACGCUGUUUCACGGGGAAAGACUCCUUCCAAAGAGAGCGAAAGACCGCCGCCACCGCGAGCUCUCCCGUUCGCGACAAAGAAAUCAACAAAAGCUACACCUGCACCCGCUCCUGCAGGGAGUGACACUGAAUCUGACGAUGAGCUGUGAAUGACGAUUGAUGACAGUUCGCCGGUAUAGCGUUGUGCAUUUUGUUCUCCAAAGUUUAUGUAUAUAUAUUUCAUUUGUUAGUUGUUGCGCGGCCGGUAUCGGCAAGCCACUCUUAUAUACGUGCAGUUUACCCUCAUAACAUACCAGGUUGCAAGACGGACCAUGAACAAAUGAGGUCACGCCUUUCGUACAAAUUCAGUCGUCAUUGAUGUAACGAAUUGCCGCCGUCUUUUCCUUAUUGAGCAUAC